GCAUUUCACCAAAACGCAAAACAUGUCAAUUAGACUGACCAGCAGCUCUAUUCAAGUCUAAGCAUGUAGACGUGUUACAACACCUAUACCUGAGUACAGAUAUGUUAUAAAAUGCAGCAGCAUGCGUGAAUAUAAAGGUUAAGACUAGCAGGCACUUGGUUUCCAUUAUUAUGCCUUGAAUUAGUCGCCUAGAAAAUACACAAUUAAGAAUUUUCUGGUUUCAAAAGCAAGCAAUCCGUUCAGUAUCUUGAGUAAAGAAAGUAAAACGUACAAGUUCCUUGACCAGCUUGCAGUCCCACCAGCAUAUGUCCUGUAUUUUCCCAAACCCUUGCACUUUGCUUCAUCUGCAUCAUCACUCUCAAUGCAUUUGGCGCGAAAUAUUUCUAGGCAGAUGGAUUUACCUGGUUUAACUUUCAAUAUCAUGUGAGAAUUAGAUAGAAGUGAGAAAAGCUCUCCAAAAUUGUGCUACUACUAUGUUAUUCAAGUGAAGAACCACCAUUUAGUGUCUAUGUACAAGCCUUUCAAACAUCCUGCGGAAUAACUUAUUCCAGCUUAUUCUUACAAACAAGAAAAAGACAAUGCAGUACCAGCCGUUCAAAGCAUUCAUACCCCACAAGUUGUCAUAUAAACUGUCCAAAUUCGAUCACUUACCUAAGAAGAAACAAUUGAGCCGUCCUUAGAAAUGCCAAGAAAGUCAAUGAUUGGCUUCCAGCUGACACAUAAUCUAUUAAUAGUAUGGAUGCUUACAAAACCAGGUCCUGAAAAGAGACAAAACUCACAAAAGAACAAAUAGAAUCUAAACCUUAUAGGGUAGUCGGCAAUGCAUACAACAAAUGCCUUGUUGAAGGAGAAAUAUUUUAAUAGGCAUCUACUUUGGUUAAAUACCAAUAAGAAGUACAAGGGAUCCUUCCAACUACAACAAAUCAUGAAGUCCUUAAAAUUCUGCAUCUCUCUUCUUGUCCUUCAAGCUCUCUUCAACAUUUUCCCUACGAUCGAGGCAGUUCCAGCAUUCUGCCCUGGGGUUUUCAGAGAAUACAUUGGAGCUGAGGGCAAGAAUGUCACAUUCUCUGAUGUCCCAAUUAAUCCAAAUAUUGAGUUUCACUUCCUCCUAUCCUUCGCUAUAGACUACACGAACACAAAAUCACCAGAACCCACUAAUGGUGACUUCCUGGUUUAUUGGGACACUGAUAACCUCACCCCUUCUCAUAUUUCUUCCAUCAAGGCUAAGCAUAAGAACGUUAAGGUAGGAAUGAGUCUCGGUGGUGAUACAGUGAAUGGUAAAAAUGCCACCUUCACUCCUACUUCAAUUACUUCUUGGGUGAGAAAUGCAAUAUAUUCAAUCACCAAGAUAGUGAAAGAGUAUAACCUGGACGCAAUAGAUAUAGAUUAUGAACACUUCAAUGCAGAUCCAGAUACAUUCGCCGAGUGCAUUGGGAGACUGUUGUACUAUCUUAAACAGAACAAUGUCGUCACUUACACAUCAAUAGCCCCAUAUGCAGAUGAUUCAGUGCAGGUGCACUAUUUAGCACUCUGGAGAAAGUACGGUCAUCUAAUAGACUAUGUCAACUUCCAAUUUUAUGCCUAUGAAAAGGGCACAACCAUUCCUCAGUUCCUACACUACUUUGAAACUCAGAUGUAUAACUAUAAAGGAGGCAAGAUUCUAGUUAGCUUUGGAACUGACAACAGUGGUGGCUUGUCUCCUAGACAUGGAUUCUUUGAUGCAUGCAGCAUACUAAAGAGUCAGGGAACACUUCAUGGUAUCUUUAUUUGGUCUGCAGAUGACUCUAUAAAAGAUCAUUUUCUAUAUGAAAAGCUGUCACAGAACCUCUUAGCAAGUGCAACCGUUUAAGAUAAUCCUUUGUAGGCCAUGUUCCGUGUUUGAAGUAGUUCGCUUACUGUGGUCUUAACAUCAAAAAUCCAGAUUUACAAUUUCUAAAGGUGCUAAAAACUUAAUCUUUGCAUAAGUAUUGAGUAGUAUAGUCUGUUUA